UGGAAAAAAGAGAAAACAUCAAAGAGAGCAACAACAAUAGCAGCAACAAUCAAUUGAACACAACAAACAUACAACUUGAUGAGCGAUCAGCCGCGCGGAUUGCCGCAGAGGUUGCGCAGCUAUUAUCUGCAACUGUUUGGAGCUGCCCUCGCAUACAUUCUCUUCGCCGUGAUAAUGCUCCAGGCGAUUGAGGCGACGCGGGAGGAUCCCGCCGAACGCAAUUCCCUAGCUGCUCUAAUCCUGUACGUCAUUGGCCUGGUCUUGUUCCUUAUCUAUGUGAACGUACUCUGGCUGCGCCGCAAGUAUCCGGUCAAUUGGGCCGUCUGCACCACCAUCGCCGUGGCGCUGGGCCUGGGCAAUGCCUUCCUGCUGAUCGCCCAGGAUCCGACGACCCUCGUCCAUGUGCUGGAGGUUAUUGCGAUGAUGUGUAUCUUUGGCUCCAUGGGAUCCUGGCAGCCGAGGCGCCUGUCGCCCGUAUGGUAUGCCAUUAUUAUGUCUGUGGUCGUGGGGCUGCUGACGGGCAUUGCCCUCGUACUGGCGUACUUCAUCUCGAAAGGAAAAGUUGACAUCCUGCUCUACCUUGUCCAUGGCCUACUGACUGUGACGAUGUGUCCACUGAUGAUAUUCCAAGUGCUAGUGUUCAACGGCCUCAUCUGGGGAGUGAGGCCCAUUAUGGACAUACCGCUCUGCUCGGUCAUCCUGCUGAUGGACUUUCUGGCCGGCUACACCUUCGUGGAUGCCGACGACGAGAUAGCGCAUGCCUUUGAAGUACUUUCCGAGUCCAAUCUCCACUUGAUGGGCAGAAUGCUCAACAUGUGAGGCCAUCGAGUGCUUAUUCUUGUUACCCGAACUCGGAGUCCGAAUCUGCAAUUGUAAAUCUGAAUUGAACUGCCUUAGAUACGUUGUGCCGCAUGAAUGAGUUUUUUGAAUA